AUGGGGAAAGGCCAUCACAAGCAAGAGGAGCUUCUUGCGAAAAUGUUUAAGUGCGGCUGCCGUGCUGUCGCCGCAGCCCGCGGUGUGGACUAUGGCCAGCACCUUCUCGGUGGGCCAAGCCUCUCGCAGUGGGUGGAGGGCGAUCUGCACAACAACCUGUCACUGCCGUUGCUUGACAGCCAAGCUCAAGCUUCUGUGGUGCAAGCGUCCGACCUUCAGGUUGUCUGGGAGGCCAUGGCGGUUGCCGUUCCAAGUCUCCCGGCUCCCACCGCUGCGGGCAAGCCGGACUUCCACACACUAGUUUUAUCCUGCAACCGCGAUGGCAUGGAAGCGUUGCGAAAAGGACAGUCCAAAGCUGCGUUCGAGCAGUUCAAGUACGCGGAAGCCGUUCUUAUAGCAAACCAGGCCGAAAGUGGCACGAGCCUAGCAGCUGUGACCUGCAACAACCUGGGAUGCUACUACAAGAAGGUUGGAAAGCUGCAUGGUGCUUUGAGCUAUCUUCGAAGAGCCCUGCAGAUGGAGGUGGACUUGGGCACUGAUGAAGUCACGCUCGCAGGAACUCACCUGAACAUCUGCGCGAUCCUCUCCAAGUUAGAGAAGCAUGACAAGGCGGUUCAGCAUGCUCUACAAGCCUUGGAGCUGAUCGAUCGGAAGACGAGCACCGCAGAUCCUGCGGAUGUGUCAGCAGACGAUUUCUCAGUUCUCGCCAUAGCGUACCACAACGUGGCUGUUGAGCGUGAUUUGCUGCAGCAAUACGACAAGGCAGCGGCGGCCUUCUUCCAGGGCUUUCAGGUGGCCAAGCGUUGCCUCGGCGAGGACCAUCCGCUCGCCGUGACGCUGGGCAAGAACGCGGAAGCAGUGCUCCUCAAAUCCCAGAGGAUGACCAAAGUUAGCUCUGCCACAGCUACCGCGCGGAAGCCUGUGAAGGAUGCAGAUCUGGAGCGCUUUACAGCAGGGAUGACCGACAGCCCGUCGCUGCCAGCCGUGCCGUCGGCCAAACCCGAGGCAGAAAUCGAGGAGGAUCCUUCGAUGACGCAGCGCACCAUUCGACAAGAUGCCGCAGAGUGGGUGCGAAGCGAGAUCUUGAACACGGGUCCCUUGCAACGUGGCCAGACAACGGCACGGACACUCCAGAGGAAGGUGCAUGGUCGAGCUUUGCGAAGUCGGCUCUGGGACCAGCAGAGGUGUUUUGCGGCCGCCUUCGCUCGAGUCCCAGCCAUGGCCCAGCUCUUGCCUCGGGCUCUUGGAGCCUCAGGGCAUGCGGGGCCUUUGGGGCACAGCACCCUGGCAGCUCGUCCUGUGAAUCUCGAGGUGCAGUGUUUCAAGCAAGCGAUGCCUCACCCUGCGGUAUGGGCUGGUGCUACUUGCCUCCUCCGAAGCGCUCACAGCCGUCACUGGCGCUGCAAGUUGGCCUCAAAGGGCGCAGAUCGUGAAGGAGUUCGAGACGAUGUGAAUCUUGAAAAAUUGUUGGCCGCCUUGCAGGGCUCCUGGGAAGAUGAUGUUGGGCUCAGCAUCUCCGUUACAGGCACAGAUGUGAAUUUUGGAGAUGGUUCUGGUCCUUGGGAGGUAAAGGCCAAGGGCUCAUGCCUUUAUCUCCGAGGUACUCGCUUUAUUGGCAGUGCUGAAGCCCCUGCCUGGGAGUUUCCGAACGGAGUGCAGCGAACAUGGUCACGCCCAGAGCCGUUGAGUGCCGAGCAGGAGAACUGGCGUGAGCUGUUCUUGGAAUAUAAGGCUGGGCGCUUGCAACUUCGACGCCAGCUCUGGGCGAGUCUUGUCGUGGAGGAUUCGUCGAUUGCGGAGCUGCAGGAGCUGUGGGACUCGGGUAAUGUGCCUGGGGAUGGCGCGGACUACAGCCUUGAGCAGCAAGCUCGGCUGUCUGCUGGUUCCGGGUACCCGCAGCUCAGCUGCACACAGUCCGGAGUCCGGAAUGGUUUGGCUUCGUCCACCGACGCUACGGAUAUCGAGCCGUUGUCGUCUGCUGUGAGCCGUGGUGCAAUGCCGGGAAGGUCCGACUUGGGCACGAGUGCUGAAGUUUGCAAGGUGUUUCAAGCCUGCCCAGGGGCGAGCUGCAGCCCUUCUAUCACUGCAGCUUGGCUGAUGUUCCAUGAUGUUGCCUGGACGGUUGCUGAACGAGCAGGCUUGGUGGACGAGCGGGUGUCUUGGAAGCAACGAGAGCUGUUAAGUUCUCGGCUUGGUUUAGGAGCACUGCCCUGCCGCUACAGCUGGAUCGCAAGCCCCACGGAGGACCGACCGGGCGCGCAGAUGACUUUCGUGGGCGAGGAGAACGUGACACCGGCGACGGAGGAGUUCGAGAUCCAGCAUCCCCUCGUAAAGACGUUGCUCAUAAGGUGUGAUGAGUUGAGUUCGUAUUUGCCUUCACCCCAACUGGAGCAAGCUCUCAAGAAGCAGCGCCAAGGGCAGGCCUUUCAAUGGAGUCUCGGCAUGCAUACUCUGUGA